CCGCAGCGCCACACUCAUGAUGGCGACGGCGGCGGCGGCACGACCCUGCCCGCCCCUUCCUUCGCUCCGUCCCGCCCCGCCGGCGGGACCCCGCCCGCUGAGGAGAGCCGGCCGGCCGGCCGCCGCCAUGAACGCCGGCGGUCCGUUCCGCGGGCCGCCCGCCUUCCCGCCGCCCCUGCGCUUCGGGCAGGCCGCCGUCUUCGGGCAGGGCGGUGCGGCCGCCGGGCUUCCCUUCUCCUCCGGGCCCUCUGCCUUCGGGCCGGCUUAUGGGCUAGGCCAGGCGCCGGCCUUCACGGCGGCGGGCAGCAGCGGUGCCCCGGUGGGCAACGCGGGGUUCAGCUUCAAGCCGCCCACCAACCUGGGCGGCUUCCCGGGGCCGAGCGAGGCGCCGGGCGGCGGCGGCGGUGGGGCCUUCGCGGCGCCCGAGUUCCGCUUCAAGGCGCCUGAGAACGCCGCCGCCUUCAAGCCGCUGACGGGCAGCGAGGCGGAGAAGGGCCCCGCCGCUGCCUUCACUUUCUCGCCGCCCUUCGGCUUCGCGCCCGAGGCGAGCGCGGAGGUGACGGUGGGAGGACCCUUCUCGUUUUCGCGUCCCGCCGCCGCGCUCGGCCGGCAGGAGGAGAAAGGCCCGCGGCCGCUCUUCGAGGAGCCGGGCGAGCCGGCGGCCAAGGGCCUGAAGCGGAAGGAGGAGCGGGAGCGCUCGCCGCGGCGAGCGGUAGCCGCGGCGGCGGGAGGGCGGGCGGCGGCGGCGGCGCCGCCGGAGAAGCGGGCGGUGGUGCUGAGCCGGCCCCGCGGCGGAGCGCUCUUCGGCCGCAUGCUGGAGGAGAUGCUGCGCAGUCAGGGCCGCGGCCAGCGCGACCGCGGGGAAGCCGCCGAGGCUGAGCGGGGACCCACAGAGGAGACGCUGCCGGUCGAGGCCCGGGACCCGCCUCGGGAAGAUUCCGCCGCCGUGACCCCCGCCCGCCGGGCUCGGAGCAGCGAGAGCAUGGAGGGGCUGGGGGGGCUGUCGCCCAGCGACCUGACCGCCAUCCAGUGCAAGAACGUCCCUGAUUACCUCAACGACAGGACGGUGCUGGAGAAGCACUUCGGCCAGUUUGCAAAAGUCCGGCGGGUCAUGACCAGGCGCAAUAAGAAAAUGGCCAUUAUCCACUUCUUCGAUCAUGCCUCUGCAGCUCUUGCCAGAAAAAAAGCAAAAGAGUUGCACAAAGAUAUAGUAACAUUUUGGCAAAAGAAGAAAACAAGUCCAGCAAAAAGAGAGUUUUCAUCCAAGGAGAAGAAAGCAGGUGAAGAUGAAGGAAGGCAAAGCAGUGAAGAGCAAAACUAUCAGCAUUCCCCUCUUCGAAAACCUUUAAUAAGAUCUUCUGGCAGCGGUGUCAUACCUGGUAGAAGUUCUCCAGCAAAGAAGUCUGGUCUUCGAAAGGCACUGCAAUUUGAAGCAGAAAUGUUUGAUUCUACUUCUGAAGGGCAGAGCUCGGAGGCCUUGGGAGCUUCACUCUCAUCUCUCAGUAACCUGGUAGGAUUAGUGGCUGAGACAUCUGAAGAGAGAUACCGUCUUUUGGACCAGAGGGACAAAAUCAUGCGACAAGCCCGAAUCAAAAGGACUGAUCUUGGCAAAGCAAAAACUGUUGUUGGCACUUGCCCAGACAUGUGUCCUGAAAAGGAGCGCUACAUGAGGGAGACGAGAAACCAGCUCAGUAUCUUUGAGUUGCUUCUAGGAUCUGACAAGGUAGAUCAUGCGGCAGCAAUCAAGGAAUAUAGCAGGUCUUCAGCAGAUCAGGAGGAACCUUUGCCCCAUGAAUUGAGACCCUCUGAGGUGUUGAGCAUGACCAUGGACUAUUUAGUGACAAACAUUAUGGAUCAAGGAGAAGGAAACUACCGAGAAUGGUAUGACUUUGUCUGGAACAGAACUCGGGGAAUAAGAAAGGAUAUCACCCAGCAACAUCUCUGCAACCCGCUGAUGGUGUCUCUGAUUGAGAAGUGCACUCGCUUUCACAUCCAUUGCGCUCACCACUUGUGUGAAGAGCCCAUGUCCUCCUUUGAUGCCAAAAUCAACAAUGAGAACAUGACUAAAUGCCUGCAGAGCUUGAAGGAGAUGUAUCAGGACCUGGCUAACAAGGGGAUUUACUGCAAGAGUGAAGCAGAGUUCAGAGGCUAUAAUGUCUUGCUGAAUCUCAACAAGGGUGAUAUUCUCAGAGAAGUACAGCAGUUUCAUCCAGAGGUUAGAAACUCUCCUGAAGUUAGAUUUGCUGUUCAAGCUUUUGCUGCAUUAAACAGCAACAACUUUGUGAGGUUUUUCAAGUUAGUGCAAGCAGCUUCCUAUCUGAAUGCCUGUCUCUUACACUGUUACUUCAACCAGAUCCGUAAAGAUGCUCUCAAAUCUCUCAAUAUUGCCUACACUGUGAGCACCCAAAGAUGUACAGUGUUUCCCUUGGAUCACUUGGUCCGCAUGCUCCUGUUCAAAGACUGUGAGGAAGCAACUGAUUUUAUAAGUUACUAUGGCCUGAGUGUAUCUGAUGGUGCUUAUGUGGAGCUGAAUCGCUCAGCUUUCUUGGAGCCGGAUGGAUUACCCAAACCACGGAAAUCCGUGUUUGUCAGCCAGAAGCUAACUGUCUUGGUUGGGGAAGUUGUAAAUGGUGGCCCAUUGCCUGUGGUACCUCACCAUGUGCCUGUGUCCAGCUUCAAUGGACAGAACAAGUACAUUGGUGGAAGCACCUCUGUGGAUCAAGUUAGUACUAGCCAAAAAUCCAGCGUGGAAACAACAGAAGGAAGAGUGGAAAGCAAAGGUGUGGAUUUAGAUGCUGCAGCAGUAAGAGUCCAGCCCCAAGCUCACCUUCUGUCCUCGCUGUUACCUCGUCAGCUUGUGCCGGUGCUGCCUCCUCCACAGACCAUCUCCCAGCCUCCUGGACAACCUGAGCCUCUCUGCUCGAAGCCUCAGCCUGUCUACACAGACACAGACAUCGCAGACGUGGUGGACGUGCUCUUGCAGGAGGUCCUCAAUGGAGAGUGUAGCGAAGUCGGCAGAGCAGGAGUGGCUUAUGUGACUGCUGCCAUCUGCACCUCGGAGGCUGCUGUAGAGGAACUCGUGACUGAAGUGACGGGGGAGAUCCUCAGACAAGUGGCUGGGAGCGUGCUUAAUGCGGAAAGGGAGCGUGUCAAAGAGGAAAGACGUAGAGUAGAGGAAGAGAGGCAAAAGCAGGAAAAAGAAAAGUUAAUAAAGCAGUUGAGCCAGUUGGUGGGGAUGGAGUUAAUGGAAGAAGUAAUAAAGGAGAGUGUUCAAGAAGCUUCAACCAAUGAGUUAAAAUGUGCCUUAGAAAGAGACCGGCAAGCCCGUAUUGCCCGCUGCUCAGAAGAAGUCUGUGGUCAUGUCAUGGAGCUCUUUCUGGAGGAUGAGAUCUUCCAGAUUGCUAAGGAAACCCUUCAGGAGCUCCAGUGUUUCUGCAAGUACUUACAGCGGUGGAGGGAGGCAGUAGCAGCUCGAACAAAGCUGAAACGUCAAAUGAGGGCAUUUCCAGCUGCUCCCUGUUGCACAGAUCCACAAAACAAGCUGAAAGCACUGUCCCCCAGUGCAGAAUGGCCUGUAGCCAUGGAGAACUUGUGCAAGAGGAUUGUAAACCUGGGGAAUGGAGGAAAGCUGGGAGUCUCUUGCACAAGAUUGAAUUGGCUGAGAAACAAGACAGCACAUGAAAUUAAAGUUCAGCACUUCUACCAGCAGUUGUUAAGUGAUUUAGCUUGGACUCCCCUGGAUCUUGUCUCAUUAAUCACUGAACAUACUCCACUUCAACAAGAACAGCUUUUUUGGAAGGUGAUAUUGGUUUUGCCAAAUGAUGAUGAAUAUGCGGAGGCUGAUCCUAGCAGGGUACUGGUGGAUUGGUUGAAAACCAAGUUCAUGGGAGACAAAAGCUGGGAGAGGAACGCUUCCCAUGCAGAAGGUAGAAUUCAAACACUGACGCUAUUUAGCUCACCUGGUGUGCAAGGGAGCCGAAGUAUUAAAGUCAGUGUGUGUGUAAAGGUGGCCUAUGGCGCGCUCUCUAACUCUGAGCUUGACGCAGCUGAGAUGCAAAAAGACUUGCUCGGAACCAGUGGUCUCAUCCUUCUCCUGCCACCUAGAGUUAGGAGUGAAGAUGUUUCAGAAGAUGAUGUUUAUUGGCUUUCAGCUUUGCUGCAGUUGAAACAGUUGCUUCAGGCCAAACCUUUCCACCCAAUAGUUCCUCUGGUGGUUCUAGUCCCUGGUCAGGGAGAUGAAGCCAUAGAGAAAGAAGUAGAAGAAGGUUUGAUGCUGCAGGACUUGAUUUCAGCCCAGCUUAUAUCAGACUACACCGUGGUUGAGCUCCCAGGUUCUAUCAAUGACUUACAAGGCACUAGAAGGAUUUCUGAGGCUGUGGGCUGGCUGGUUUCGCAGUGCCCUGAGUCCCUUGAGCUCUGCAGUCAGACCCUUCAGGAGUACAUUGAGGAUGGGAUUGAUGGUGAAUUUGGCAAGCGCUUCUACCAUGACUGGAAGGAGAGGCGGUUAGCUGGCCUGCCAUCUCAGGAGCCUGGGGUCAUCACAGAGCUGUACAACAGCGUGCUGCAGUUCCUUUCAGAUGUGGCAUCCUCAGAGCACCUUUGUGACUUGUCUUGGCCUGUUACUGAGUUUUCAGAGCCUGGGGGUAACAAGCAGUUGCCCCAUCUGCAGUGGAACACGACUGAUCACCUGGCCUGGCUGAAGAAGGCUGUGCUGUCCUUCCAGAUCCCAUACCUAGAUCUGCCUCCUCUAGGUGCUCCUUGGCGUCCUGUUUGCCACAUGAUUUUUCAGUAUGUGUCUCAGAUUGCAAGUUCUACCCAUACUCAACCACUGAUCCAGUCUCAAGUGGAGAAUCUGCUGAGCAAAACUUACCAAAAGUGGAAAAACAGAACAUCUGGGAACUCUGAUGAAGAUGGACCUUCUGUUGAUGAGAUCCCUUGGGAUGAUAUAUUGUUAGCCUGCAUUGAUCAUAAACUGAGAGACUGGAAACCACCCAAACUGCGUAUUACUCCAGAAGCGGUAAGUGAAGAUGGUCAGAUUCGUGUGUACUUCUUCAAGGAGCACUUAAAGAACUUCACUCUCCCUUUCUCAUGGGAACAAGCCAGGCUGCGCACGCAGGAGGAGAUCCGGCAGAGCCACACGAGGUCAAGGGUAAAGUCUCCCAUCUCUUUUAAGAAACCCUACAGCCUCUCUAUGAUGCCAGGUCAAUAUGGUUCUGGCAUGAGCAUGCUGUCAGGUCAGGAGAAGAGUGUUCCCGGUACAGAUGAAUUCACAGGCACUGCCUCGGCCCGGGAGCUUCUCCCAGAGCGUCUGUUGGCACAGUUGCAACAGGAGAAGAUAGAAAGCAGGAGGUUUGAAGAACAGUUGCACCAAUAUCUAGCUGAGGACAUCAAGCCCUUUGGUGAUUUCUUAGGGCUUCCUCUCUACCUGCCCCAGUCUCUGGUCUCCACCCCAAAUGUCACCUGUCCAUUGAUGAAGAAUCCUGUGCCAUCUGCUCAAGAGGCUGGAAAUCCAGAAGGUCACAAGCCUUUGGUGGAGGAGCUAAACCCCACACUGUCAGACAGACUGAAACACUUGCAACAGCUCCUCAGAGCAAACAAGGAGGGUGAAGUUGCCUCUGAGCUUCACUUAUCUGCUCUGUUGGACAUGGUGGAUACUUGAGCAGAGCGAACAUGUGCAGACCAAGGGACUCGGUGAAGAAAUCCACGUCUGGGUGAUCGAACAGACAAGCUCCUGGGUUUGUCCUUCUGGGAGAAGAACACAGCACACGUGGGGCUUGGGUCCUUCUCACGUGGCUGCCUUGCACUGAGCUGGCGUGCUGUGGCUCAUGUCACCCUCUGGCUCACUGCUGAGCUUUGGCUGGUCUGGAACUCCUCCUUUUCUGCUUCACAGGCACAGGGAGGAGGCAAAUGCUCUUCUUGGAAGGCCUUAAAUUGACACUUACUGUUGUUUUUUCUUGUUGCCAGCUGUCAUUGUGGGUAAACUUCAACUAUAAGGUAGCAGGAGCCUCUGAGAGCAUCAGAGGCAAAUGCUCUCCUUAAACACAGUCCCCGAGUUGUUGUCCCAGCUUGGCGUUUGCUUACUCCAUGCAGAAGCUGCCUCGCAGCAGCACUGUGGUUUGAUAGUUGCUGGUUUGAUACCCAGAGAUGUCAAUACUGUCAUUCUCAAGUCAGUGCAACACUGUGGCUGUAUUUUGUACUUAGUGAUGCUCGGUGCAAAUCCAGAAGGGAUUUUUGUGCUGCUGGGCCUAAGUUUUAUUGUAUUGAAUAUUUAAAGCAUUAAAACCAGCUGAGUUGCUUAUUCUGCAGGUGAAUUGUCAUGCUGGAAAGUGGGACACUUCCUUCAGCCUUCAGUAAACACCUAUGGAGAACUGACUUUCCUUUUUUUGGAAGAGCAGAUUACCUGCGUUCUCCAUUAAAAAUCUGUGGCUUUGGAAGUUGAAGGCUAUUGGGUUUAGUUAAUAUUGAUUCCCAGUAAAUGGUAUGAAGAUAAAACUUCAUGUCUGCAGUCCUGUGCAAGUCAUAUGUUUUUAUUAUUGCAGUAUGAGAGAUUUCUCAAAUCUCUGCCUGGUGAAACACGAAUGACCACAGCUUUGGCAGUAACACUGAUUCUCUGCCCUGUGAGAGACCAGUUGUCUGAUUUGCUUCUACUUUCAUUUGAAAUUCUCAGUAGUCCACAUCUGUCAUCUGCCUUCCAAGAAAGUAAUUUUAUAGUUGUUUUUCUUUUAAUAGCAUUUGUGUUAUUUCUCUUUAACCUAGAAUAGUAAUAGUAGAUCAAUAUGAAGUUGAAAGUUUGCUUUGAGUCUGUUCAUACUACAUGAUACUUGUGUUGGCUGAGUUGUGUUAACUUUGGUAACAUGCGAAGUGGAACCGAGUGAUGCUCUUGGCUGUGUUUGACCGCAGUACUGCUGCUGAUGUUCUCCAGUAAAGCUGUAAAACCCCAAAAAAGCAUUUGGGGAUGUGGUUCACACUGUCUGAUGUAAAUGUGUUUUUUACCUAGUAAAUUUUGAGUGGCUUGAAA